UCUGGCUGAGCGUCGGGAGUCAGGCGCUGGGGUUCCGGAAGCGCACCAGGCCGGCUUCUGCGAGGCGGACGGUGAGGGGAGUGUGUCCGAGGUAUCAGCCCGAACAUGUCUAUCAACUUGGAAUCAAUGAAGGAAUUGCUUAUUUUCUUAGGGAAAUCGCUCUUUAGUGUUCUGGAGGCUCUGGUUUUUACUUUAAUCUCAAAGCCCCAGAAGAAUGUUGCUGGUGAAAUAGUGCUUAUAACAGGCUCUGGAAGUGGACUUGGAAGACUCUUAGCCUUGCAAUUUGCCCGCCUCGGGUCUGUGCUUGUCCUCUGGGAUAUCAACACUGAGGGCAAUGAAAAGACAUGCCAGAUGGCUCUGGAAGCUGGAGCCACCAGAGUAUAUACCUAUACCUGUGAUUGCAGCCAAAGGGAAGAGGUGUACAGAAUAGCUGAACAGGUUAAAAAAGAAGUUGGGGACGUUUCCAUCCUAAUCAACAAUGCUGGCAUUGUAACAGGCAAAAAGUUCCCUGACUGCCCAGAUGAGCUAAUGGAAAAAUCAUUCGAUGUGAAUUUCAAAGCACAUUUAUGGACUUACAAAGCCUUUCUUCCUGCCAUGAUUGCUAAAAACCAUGGACAUUUGGUAUGCAUUUCAAGUUCAGCUGGAUUAGUUGGAGUAAAUGGGCUAGCAGAUUAUUGUGCAAGUAAAUUUGCAGCCCUUGGAUUUGCUGAAUCUGUGCUUCUAGAAAUGUAUGUCCAAAAUUACAGGGGCAUCAAAACCACAAUCAUAUGUCCAUUUUUUAUAAAAACUGGAAUGUUUGAAGGUUGUACAACUGGGUGUCCUACUCUGUUACCAAUUCUGGAACCUGAAUACGCAGUACAAAAAAUAGUGGAAGCUAUCCUGCAGGAAAAGGUGUACUUGUAUUUGCCAAAGUUUUUAUACUUCUUGAUGUUCUUGAAAAGUUUCUUACCCAUCAAGACCGGACUGCUUAUAGGUGACUAUUUGGGCAUCUUCCAAGCAAUGGAUGGCUUCACUGGGAAAAAGAAAGUCUAGAGACCAGUUAUAUGGCUGAUAUCAUCUGAGAUCCAACACCACUUCAUACUUACUUCAAAGAAGAAAAGUCAUUAUAUCCUGUGGUAGAAUAUAUCUGAAGAUGAAUACUAGUUGUAUUCUGCUACCUGGACUAGAGUUUGCAACCGAUAACCUUCAAAAAUAAUACUAUUAUCUCCUUUUUUGAUUGAGUUUUGUUUUUAUUUUUGGUUGUUUUUUUAAAUAAUAAUAAAGAUAGCCCCCUUUUGUCA